AACGAAGAAAAAGACCUACCUUUCUAGAAGAAGAGAGAUGGAAGAUCUGUUUGGCUCCAUGGAAUCUAUUUCUCUCUAGCCUCUCUCUUCUCUCCUUCCUCUUUCUUGGAAAAUUGUUGAUUCACAAGAGAAAGGAAAACGAAGAGAAUUUUCUUUCUUUUUCUUUUUUUUUUUUAAUUUCUUUUUUUGAGGGAGGGAAGGGGAAAGGAAUCAUUUUGAGAUUUUGGGUCUGAUUUGGGGGAUUUUGUUGGAGGUGGGAUUCGAUUAAUUUAUGGAGUUGGAUAGCAUUGAGUGUGUAUCAUCUACAGAUGGAAUCGACGAGGAUGAGAUCCAUCACCACAAUACUCACCAUCCUCACCCUCACCACCACCAUCAAUUCUCGACAUCAAAGCCUUACAAUGGCGGUAGUAACAACAACGCCGCCACCGCCGCCGCCAACGGCAUCAACGGUAUUAUGGGUCCGACAGCAAUUGCUCCGGCCACCAGCGUUCACGAGUUGCUAGAAUGCCCCGUCUGUACCAAUUCCAUGUACCCACCAAUCCAUCAGUGCCAGAAUGGGCAUACACUUUGUUUUACCUGUAAAGCGAGGGUGCACAAUCGAUGCCCCACCUGUAGACAGGAGCUUGGAGAUAUUAGGUGUUUAGCAUUGGAGAAGGUGGCCGAGUCACUUGAAUUGCCCUGCAAAUAUUACAAUUUAGGGUGUCCAGAGAUAUUCCCAUAUUACAGCAAACUUAAGCAUGAGACAGUUUGCAACUACAGACCAUAUAAUUGCCCAUAUGCUGGAUCUGAGUGCUCCGUUGUUGGCGAUAUCCCUUUCUUGGUUUCCCAUUUGAGGGAUGACCAUAAAGUGGACAUGCAUUCUGGAUCCACAUUCAACCAUCGUUAUGUAAAGUCAAACCCCCGUGAAGUAGAGAAUGCAACUUGGAUGUUGACGGUCUUCCAUUGCUUUGGUCAGUAUUUCUGCCUUCACUUUGAAGCGUUCCAGCUUGGUGUGGCUCCUGUGUAUAUGGCAUUUCUUCGUUUUAUGGGUGAUGAGGCUGAGGCUCGGAACUAUAGCUACAGCCUUGAGGUUGGGGCAAAUGGCAGGAAACUAAUAUGGGAAGGAACCCCACGAAGCAUCCGGGACAGCCACCGGAAAGUUAGGGAUAGCCAUGAUGGUCUAAUCAUCCAGCGUAACAUGGCACUUUUCUUCUCUGGUGGGGACAGGAAGGAGCUGAAGCUGAGAGUUACAGGGAGGAUAUGGAAGGAACAGCAAAAUUCAGAUGCUGGUGUGUGCAUACCAAAUUUGUGUAGUUGAGAGAGUUGAUGUUGAUGAUUUGUUGUGAUCUGUUUUGGACACUUUAAUACUGUGUUGCACCUCUGCCAAGUUUUUUCUGGUAUGUUGUGAUGGACAGUAAGUAUUGAGAAGGCUUGAAGGGUUUUCAGCUUUCGUGACUUGUAUAAUAAUCGCACUUUCGUCCCUAACCAUCCUUUUUUCAUUAAGUAGGCGUUUGAAUACAGCCGAUGCAUCCUU